AUGGUGGCAAGUGAUGAAGGAGUUAAGAAAAUUGAAAAAGAUGAAGAUGUAUUGGAAUAUAUUAAUGCUCAUAACAGGUUCAGGUUGAUGAAAAUCUUUAUAAUUUCAAAAGGCAGUGUUAAGGGUGAAAAUGCUGAAAAUGUAGAGGAAAGUUAUGAGUGUAUGGAGGAUGGAAUACAACCUGAAGUUGACAUGCAUGAUGAUGAUUAUGUGGAUGCUGAUAUGGUUGAUGUGGAUGCUGAUGUGGUUGAAGAUGUGAAUGCUGAUGUGGUUGAAGAUGUGAACGUUGGUGUAGAUGAAGAUGUGAAUGUUAAUGUAAAUCAAGAUGUGAAUGGUGAUGUGGAUGAAGAUGUGAAUGGUGGCAUGGGUCAAUACUCAGAUAUUGAAUCCAUAUAUUCACCAAGUGAUAAGUUGGAAAGCUUAUGCGGAUCAUCCUCUGAAGAAGAUGGCAGUGACAGUGAAGUGGAUAUGGUUCCAAGAAGGCAUAAAUUUAGGAAUAAUGUCAUAGAACUUGGCAACAAAUUUUCUUCACCUGAAGCAUUUAAAGUGGCCUUAAGGGAUGAUGCUAUUAAAGGAAAGUAUGAUAUUAGGUUUGUGAAGAAUGAAGGGAAUAGAGUUACUGCUACAUGUUCAAAAAAUUGUGGGUGGAGAAUUCAUGCAUCAUUUAACUCAGAGGAUGGCAGCUUCCAAAUAAAGACUUUUAACUCAAAACAUACUUGCAGUUACAACAAGCUUAAUAGUCAAGCAUCAGCCAGUUAUUUGGCAACCAAAUAUAUGGACACAAUUAGGGAUGAACCCACAUGGAAACCAACUGCAAUGAAGAAGGCAGUUUUAAGAGAUUUGGAUGUUAAUGUUUCCAAAUACAAGGUUUAUAGGGCAAGAAAGAAGGCUAGAUUACACAUUGAUGGUGACCAUGGACUGCAAUUCUCAAGGGCUAGAGAUUACUGCCAGCUCAGUCAGACCACCAAUCCUGGUAGUAUAGCAGUGACUACUGUUGAUAGACCAACACUUGAUGACCCUGUUAGAUUUGAAGGGCUAUUUGUUUGCUUUGAAGCAAUGAAGAGAGGUUUCUUAGAAGGAUGUAGGCUAUUCAUUGGAUUGGAUAGUUGCUUCUUGAAGGGUCCUUACAAAGGGCAGUUGUUAAGUGUAAUUGGCAAAGAUGUAGACAAUGGAAUAUUUCUUAUAACCAUAGGUGUGGGUUUAGUUGAAAUCUUUGAAGACUAG